UGUGCUUUAAGAGCUUCAGCCUUGAAAUCCGGUUGUAUCCUUUACACCUCUAAUAACAGCCUUUAGCAGGCUAAUUAACACAUUUGCCCGCCCACAAUCACAACGUCAACCCAUUAAUUAAGUGCUAAUUAUGAUGACAUCACGACACGUCAAACCAAUCCCACCCCUAAUCACGGGGAUACCUAUAAAACGAAGACGGCACUGGCUGCAUAAUUCACACCUCUGUGGAUAUUGUCACCGGCAGGAUGAAAUUGAAAUCGAUGGAUACCGUGGAAAUGCCCAUCUUCGGGAACACUCUUAAGCUCAUGAAGUUCUGGUCAUAUCUCUUCGUUCACAAUUGGCGCCGGUAUGUGGCCAUGACUCCUUAUGUAGUCAUCAACUGUACUCAGUAUGUGGAUAUUUAUCUGAGCACCGAACCCUUGGAUUUCAUCAUCCGGAAUGUAUAUUUGGCUGUUUUGUUCACCAACACAGUGGUUAGGGGUGUAUUGUUGUGCGUGCAACGAUUUAGUUAUGAAAGAUUUAUUGAUAUGGUGAAAAAGUGCUAUAUAGAGCUGUUGGAAUCAGAAGAUCCCUUUAUAACUAAUUUGGUAGAGAAGACCACCCGCCAGUCAGUUUUUAUAGGACGGAUUAAUUUACUCAUGGGUUGUUGCACUUGCAUUGGCUUCGUUACCUAUCCCAUUUUUGGUUCAGAGAGAGUUUUACCAUAUGGCAUGUAUUUACCCACUAUUGACGAGUACAAAUACGUCUCUCCCUACUAUGAGAUCUUCUUUGUUAUCCAAGGAAUUAUGGCCCCUAUGGGAUGUUGCAUGUACAUUCCCUAUACAAACAUGGUAGUGACCUUUACCCUUUUUGCCAUACUCAUGUGUCAAGUACUGCAACAUAAGUUAAGAAGCCUAGAAAAACUGAAAGACUAUCAAGUUCGUGGGGAAAUUAUAUGGUGCAUAAAAUAUCAAUUGAAACUGGCAGGACUAGUGGACUCCAUGAAUGCCUUGAAUACCCAUCUGCAUUUGGUGGAGUUCCUAUGCUUUGGGGCCAUGCUAUGUGUUCUUCUUUUCUCGCUGCUGAUUGCUCAAACCAUCGCCCAAACAGUCAUAGUUAUCGCAUAUAUGGUUAUGAUAUUUGCCAACAGUGUGGUUCUCUACUACGUGGCCAAUGAGCUAUAUUUUCAAAGCUUCGACAUUGCCAUCGCUGCCUAUGAGAGCAAUUGGAUGGACUUUGAUGUGGACACACAAAAGACUUUGAAGUUUCUCAUAAUGCGUUCACAAAAGCCUUUGGCGAUCCUGGUGGGUGGAACCUAUCCCAUGAACCUGAAAAUGUUGCAGUCCCUGCUGAAUGCCAUUUACUCGUUCUUCACCCUUUUGCGCCGCGUUUACGGCUAAGGAACAUUCGCUUACAAGGUUAUCCCACAUCCUUUGGCAGCCUUGGAGGGACGAAGAAUUGCCACAAUUGAUUGCAUUUAAGCAGCAAAUGUCCUCCACUAAGGAUAUUGUGUGCAGUGGGGGGAAGUGUAAUGCAAUUGGAUUGUUGCAAAUGCAUUCGAGGCAAGUGCAACACGUCUACCAAAUAUUCCAAAGGAGCGGACCAACGAAAUAAACUAUAAUAAAAUUGCUUCUGUGGCUCCUUUGUUGCCCUUUUGGCCACAUCUUCCACUGGCAGUUGACCACCAGGCUGUUGGCUCUUUGUUAUGCCCGGCACGUGCCAUUCAGAUAACUUCUAUUUAAGCAAAUAUAAAUCUA